GCAACAUUUGACGUCACGCGCAGGUUUUAAGGCUGAGUCCCCGGCACCUUUCCGCAGUGCCCGCGAGCAGGAGGCCGGAGUGGGUUCUCGCCACGCUGGCCUGGAGGGGAGCGGGGAGAGAGCCGCUGACAGAGGGCCACUGACAGGAGAUAACCCAGCUGUGGUCCCCAGAGCCUGCAAUUUCAAGGCUUCCUCCCUGCCUCUACUGUGAGCCCCGAGACCUGCACCUUAGCCAGAGUUCAUCAUGGGGAACCACUUGACUGAGAUGGCGCCCACCGCCUCCUUCUUGCCCCACUUCCAGGCCCUGCACGUUGUGGUCAUUGGGCUGGACUCGGCUGGAAAGACCUCCCUUCUUUACCGCCUCAAGUUCAAGGAGUUUGUCCAGAGUGUCCCCACUAAAGGCUUCAACACAGAGAAGAUCCGGGUGCCCCUGGGGGGGUCCCGUGGCAUCACUUUCCAAGUGUGGGACGUUGGGGGGCAGGAGAAGCUUCGACCGCUGUGGCGUUCCUACACACGCCGGACAGAUGGGCUGGUGUUUGUGGUGGAUGCCGCUGAGGCCGAGCGGCUGGAGGAGGCCAAGGUGGAGCUACACAGGAUCAGCCGGGCUUCGGACAACCAGGGUGUGCCUGUGCUGGUGCUGGCCAACAAGCAGGAUCAGCCUGGGGCACUGAGCGCAGCCGAGGUGGAGAAGAGGCUGGCAGUUCGAGAGCUGGCUGCUGCCACACUCACCCAUGUGCAGGGCUGCAGUGCCGUGGACGGGCUGGGCCUGCAGCCAGGCCUGGAGCGCCUGUAUGAGAUGAUCCUCAAGAGAAAGAAGACUGCCCGGGCAGGCAAGAAGAGACGGUGACUCGAGACUGCCCCGACCUCACCAGCAGGGGUCUGCACGCUUGGACAGCCAGGCAGAGCCUGUGGCCCCUCACUCAGCCCCAGGGUGCAAGACCUGUCCACCUCAGAGCAGGACCAAGGAGCACACUGGGGUUCCUGCUUGGGGGCAGCUCCCUGGGAGGGCUCUCACAUCUUUCCCUCACCCUCACUUCUGGAGAAGUGGAGGCUGCAGGACUGUGGAGGCUUAAAUGUAAACUGACUCUACCUCGAUCCUGUUUCCUGUUUUUCUUCUCUACCUUUUUGGUUAGAUGUAUUCGGGAGCAAAGGAAAGUGGCUUGGAGGUUGCAUUUGGAAUGGAUGAGAACUAGCUUCCUCUACAUGCACCCCCCCCGCCCCUGCCAAGUGGGGUUCUCCCCAGGUUGCUUUUCUAGGGGUGCCAGUUACAAUAGUCUAUAUUUUUGUGUUUGUAUGAAAGUGCCAAGAACCCCUCCCCACCUUUGUAGAUUCACAACCAUUUUUAUAAGCCAUGUGUUUCCUCUGUAUUAUUAACUAUUUUUUAGCAUUUGCCUAUAAGUUAUUAAAGACUGAUGAUGCUGUAGCUCUAA